AUGAGCAUCCCAACUGCGUUGAAAACCCUCUUGAAACUCCGAGGUCCUAAUCCCCUGCCCAACCCUGGCUUAGAGAAGCUUGCUCCAAUCUUCUUGACGACUCUGAAAGAAGCUUCUGCACAUAAGGCUGAGAAUGGGUGGCUUGCAGUUGCUACGGCCACAUUCCUUGCGGCCAAUUCCCCGUCCGUUGUUGGGGAUUUGUAUAGAUUUGCUUCUCACAAAAUGGACUGCAAUGGCACGGCAGGCUCUGGGUCCCCGACCUCGGUAUCAUUACCAUCUACCGAGCCUUUCCCUCUCAAAGAAAGAACCCGAAGAGCAGCGCAGAUGCGUGAAGCUGGGUUAAAGUCUGUUGUUUUCGUGGGAGUCCCAAAGGUUAUCAAUUCGCUCGCUGCACUCACGGAGAGUCUUGAAGAUGAUGUCAAAGCCGCGUUGACCACAAUUCCCCACAGGACUCUCUUGAACGAGUCUUUAGGCAUGGAAAAGGUAGCGGCGCGCGGACAUAAGCUCUUUGAAUCGAUAUAUCACCCUCACACAUUGAAGCUACUCGCAAAACUGGGAAAGUACCAUCCUGAUUUUCCAGGUCAUAUAAUUACAUAUGAAUAUGGAUCUUUGCUCUCUGACCCAGUGGGGUGGAGCAGCAGAGCGGAGGCGGUGAUUAACCGAGCCUUGACCUCGGCGGUCGGUGUAGCGUGUCUUCGAGCCAGUGGAGGAGUUGGGCCCCAGCUGACAAGUCAUGUGUAUGGGCUUCUAAAAGCGAGGGAUUUUGGCGAGGAGCUUAGUGAAGGGGAUCAAUGGCUCGCAUCUGCUGACGGAGCUACAUGGGUCCUUGGUGUUGUUGACCGCCUCGUGGAUUCCCUUCAUGUGCCUGACACACUGGAGCAGAACGGGGCCAGCCAAAGAAGCGAAUAA